AGAACAAAACCCCAAAUAAUUCUCUAGCCUUCUGCCGCUCAAGAUAAGGUGGAAACAUGAAGAACGGCUGGCAGUAUCAAUUUCUCUUUUCUCUGAGUUGCUUUCUGGAGAUCCUGACAUCGGUUACUGUUCAAGGGCAAACAAGGUUUCCAACAACAUUUAAUUCUAACAUGAGGAUGGAUCUGUGCCCACGAACCAAGAUUGGCCAGGAUGAUCUACCAGGUUAUGACUUAAUUUCGCAGUUCCAGCUUGAUAAAGCUGCUUCCACAGGCAUUAUCCAACAUGUGGUGGGAUCCACAUCUUUACAAGUUGCUUACAAAUUAGGCACCAAAGCAGACUUCAGGAUUCCUACUAGAUCCUUGUAUCCUCGAGGACUACCAGAUCUAUACUCCAUUCUGACCACUUUUCGGAUGACUGGGGCUACAGUUCGGAAAUCCUGGAGCCUAUGGCAAGUUUUUGAUUCUUCUGGAAAGGAGCAAGUUGGACUGAAGCUUAACGGACAAGCCAAAUGUCUUGACUUCUCAUAUAAAGCAAUUGAUGGAAGUCUCCAGACAGCAUCGUUUUUGGAUUUACCUUAUCUUUUUGAUUCCCAGUGGCAUAAAGUUAUGGUCGGUAUAGAAAAGAAUUCCGUCACACUUUAUAUCGACUGUACUAUGAUACAAACUUUAGCCAUAAAACCAAGGGGGAAGAUCAAUAUUGAUGGCUUUACCACAUUGGGAAAACUGAAAAAUAAUCCUCAGAUUUCAGUUCCGAUAAGCCAGACAAUCGUAAAGGGAGACAGAGGCCCUAAUGGCCCCCCAGGCCGUUCAGGUCCUGAUGGCGAUGCUGGAAAACCAGGUGUCCCUGGAUUGCCAGGAGUACCAGGAGCUGAUGGAUUGACAGGACCUGAUGGAUCACCAGGUCCAGCCGGUUCAAAAGGACAAAAGUACAUGCUAAAUGCCACCAACAAUGGUGGUGUGCCUUUUUUUGAGGAAUAA